AUGUGCUCAACUGGCCAACCCAUGUCGGUUCCCAAACUAUGCCUGGGUAAAGCAGUCCUUCAUGGGCCUUAUUCGACCACCACCUCCGCCGCAUCGCAUUCUUCAAUGAGGGCAGGGCAGCCGACGACGGACUGUCCCAAGCAAGGCAAGGGACAGGCGGCGGCACCAACAAGAUCCCAUCAUCUGCCACUGCUGCCCGUUCCGGGUGGUGCCACGCAAACCGAAAAGCUGGCGCGCGUCUAUCGCGCCCAUGACACAAGACCGUAUCCAACUUACCUAGGCGGCAAAACCGUCACCGUGGAUAUCGCGUCUCUCUUGAAGGCUCCUGACUCAGAUGAGUCCUCCACCGCUCCGCCCCAGCAUACCCGAUCCUCCUCAGACCCGUCCACGACCGCAACCACGGCGACCACGGCGCCUGUCAGCGGGCUACCUCCGUAUGGCCCGCCACCCAUAGCGCCGGGCCUAGUUGCGAGCGGCAAACGUGCCAUGCCGCCGCACGUAGCGGAGUCCCCGGCCAAGAAGCAGAGCAAGUGGUCGCCGGAGGAAGAUGCCUUAAUCAUCGAACUUCGGGGGAGCGGCAUGAAGUGGGAAGACAUUUCGAAACGUCUUCCGGGACGAAGCGCCAUCAGUUGCCGGCUUCACUACCAGAACUACCUCGAGAGGCGGAGUGAGUGGGACGAGGAGCGGAAGAACAAGCUCGCGCGGCUUUACGAGAGGUUCAAGCCGGAGAUGUGGGCAAAGGUUGCGGAAGAGAUGGCCGUUCCCUGGCGAGCCGCCGAGGCCAUGCACUGGCAGCUUGGCGAAGCCGACAUGGCUCGACGCGCCGGUGUUGUGCCGUUUUCUCUUACAGCCGUCAACGUCGACCAACCGGGUGCCGGUCACCGGCACUCGCCUUCCCGCGGCCACAUGCACUCACAGUCACAGGGCAGCCUGCCUCGGGACAUUGGCGGACCUUCGCCGCGAUACGGCCGACCGCCACCGCCACCGCCACCGCCGGGCAUAUCGCCGAUCCCCAGCGGACGAGCCCUCGCCGCCCGACGCGAAAGCGUUACCGGAAGGCCGCCGAUGGGGCCAGACCCGAACGAAAUGGCGAGUAUGGCACAGAGCGGCCCCGGGCUAGCACCGAUCCAGGGGCUCCCGCCGAGCCGAAGCUCCGGGAUGCUUCCGGGGGUGGCCGAAUUGACGACGGGCAUGAGCCCGUACAGCACCCCGGCCUACGCGCUGGGAGGCAUGCCCACGGCGAGCCCCGUACCUAGCGCCAGAGCGAGCCCAGGACCGCUGCUCCCCGCCCUCCACUACCCGGCGCCCCACGAGCCCCCCGGGGCCAAGCGACGAGCGAGCCCGGGCACGGAGAUGAUGAGCUCAAGGGAGACGAGCCGGCGACGACAUAUGGACCCCCGGCAGGAGGAGAUGGAUCGGCGGCGUAUUGCAUGACUUUAGAGCAGAGAUUAUGGGCAAACGUGGGAAAGGGGGAGG